AUGGCUCCUGCACCACAUGUGCCAGCGGCUACAUCCCCUCUAGCAGCCGCUACAGCGACGGGCUUCGACGAGGAUGACGUCCUCUCACAACCUGGAGGUGCCCACGCACCCGCGGUUAUGGGGCUGACGAUGCAGGCGCUGUUCGGUCCCAUCUUCCAGGUGGAAGAACUUGACCGAGCCACAGCGAAGGAUCCGGGUCUCAUUGAUACACGGUCCAUCCUGCACGACCUCUUCGGUGGUGCCAUCCGCGAAGAUGACGUGCACCUCUUUCAAGAGGAGCGCUACGGUGUUGAGAUGCUGGCACGAGAGAUGAAAAUGAACAAAGAUGUGCUGGUGUACGAGGAGGGUGCGCGGUACUUCGGCAGCGCCGGCGCCGACGUACUGCGCGCCGAUCAGAACGUCCCUUUUACGCUUCUGGAGAGCUCGCUGCCGGAGCGCUGGGACGAGAAGCGGGAGAGGACGGCGACUCCGUCCUGGUUGCUGGACAUGCCGGUCAUCUUUCCGAACCGACAGACGCUGCACGCCGACCCGCGCCCUUGCGACCCGUCGACCUGCGCAUACUUGGAGAGCAACAAGUUUAUGCUCUACACGCCGACCAACGUGCUCCGGUGGAACGUCAGUGAUAAAGGGGUCUCGAGCAAUAGCCGCAUCGUGCGCUGGAGCGAUGGCUCCAUGACGAUGCACGUCGGCAAUGACGUACUGACGCUGCUUCCCUCGCAGGAGUCCACACUAAAUCUACUCGGCGAGACGCUAGAAGUGGGUAAGGCAGGGAUGGAAAUCGAUGCUGUGAUUGCCUCCACUGUUCCACAGAAGCAUCUCACCGCGCGCCUCGGGGAGGCGGCCUCUAUCGAGGCUGCCCUCGCGCAGGAGCGCCGCCAGCGCGAAUUGGCGAACCGGGACCGCAACUUGCCGUACGCGGACUCUGCUAUGCCAUCAAUCAACUGGGCUCGCCCGCGCAAGGGACGCAGCAUCCACGAAGAGUUUGUACGCGAGGAAUAUGAGAUGCGCGAGCGGGAAAUGAAGCGACGCAUAAAGGAUGGCCGGCCGAUGACACUGGCGGAGCAGCUGCAGUUAGAGGCACGACUUCAAGAUCAUGUCACAAAUGCCUCGGCGGAGCAACUGCAGGCGGAGCGCGAGGAUCAGCUGCGUCGGGCGGCCCUCAAAGCGGCGCAGCGCGCGGAGAACCGCAGUCAGAAGCGGAAUCGGUUUGACCGAGAUCUCGACCUGCACGGUGGCACCGAUAGUGGACGUGUCAUGGGGGGUGACCCAUUCCUGCGAGACAAAGAGGACGACGAGCGCGACAGCGAUGAGGACGUCAGCGAUGUCGACUCAUUCGAGCAGCAGUUGGCGGACAUGUACGCGCGAAACAACGCAACCGACGCUACGACAGAACCUGCUGAAAAGAAGCCCAAAUCCGAGCGAAGUAACUCUCGCUACAACGGUUUGGCGGCGGCACUUCGGUCUCUGCUGACGCAAAUUCCCAUGAACGCCGAGGCGUUCGCCUCUGUGGACGGCACACUCACCUUUAUUAGCAUGAAUGACACCCCCGAAGACGUAGUGAGGUCGGAGGUGCCGAAAAUGCUCGCCGAGGUGACGGCAGAGCUGCCGAUGGUGAACACACAGCGAGUGAAAGAGGAACUCGCCGCCCUCUUUCCUGGUGAGGUGUGA